AUGGUCAAGAAUGUACCACAGUGGGACGACAUGGCUCUGGAGGAGUGUGUGGAACCCAUGGAUACGGGCACUCCAAAGUCAGAAGCUGACGGCCGUCUGCGAUUCGACACAUUUGAUAUUCGCCGAGUGUUGGACAGGGGCCACGCGCUGCUGGGCUCGUCCGGGAAGGAAUAUGAGUACAAAAGAGAUGACCAGACAUCCAAGGAAAAGUAUGUGGAUUCGCAAAUACGGCUGAAGCCUGUCAGCAGUGCCCUUUUGCUCUUUAUGAUGCUGAACUACGACAGGAAUACGAGGACAAGAGAGCGGUAA